AGCUAGCUGGGAAGGCUGAUGGAUACAAUAGCGCAGCUGAAAAGCUGAAUCUGCGCACCUGCUUCGAAUAUCGCUGCAUUGUCAUUGACGCACGGCCCGUCCAUGAGACCCCGUCCAAUAUAUGAGCUAUACUAUCUUCGGACUUUUACGUUGGCAAAACAACUUAGGUCUCAGCCUAGGAGCGAAGAAUCCUUGAAAAUGAGUGAUAUCGGUAAUCCAGAGCAAGAGGAUUUUGAGGCACAGGUGACUGAUUCCGUCCUUGCCGAUGAAGAAGAAGUCAAACCGACAGUCCAGAAAACAGCCGACAAGGCGAUAGGCAGAUCCAGGUCUCGAUCCACUAGCAAGCAUAAGAGCAGAUCUUAUCGGUCAAGGUCAAGGUCGAGGUCAUACUCAAGGUCAAGGCGAAGAAAGCACCGAUCUCGCAGUCAUGGAAGUCGACAUAGAUCCUCACGUUACAGGGAAGGUCGAAGUCACAGUCGCUCUCCCAUGUCUGACCGACGUCGUCACCAUGGUGACAGGGAAAAUCCUACAGAAUCGUCAUGCCUGGGUGUGUUUGGACUUAGCCUGUAUACUACAGAACGGGAUUUGAGGGAUGUAUAUGAACACUAUGGCACUCUGACCAACGUGAAUGUUGUCUACGACCAUCAGACUGGAAGAUCAAGAGGCUUUGCAUUUGUGAUGUUUGCAAAUACCGGUGAUGCAACCGCAGCUCGUGAAAGUACAAAUGGAACUGAAGUCGACGGACGCCGCAUCCGAGUAGAUUUUUCCAUCACAGAAAGGGCCCAUACCCCAACGCCAGGCGUCUACAUGGGCAAACCUACCAGUAACAAGCGCGACUUCAAUCGGGGGGAGCGGGGAUACCACCCAAGGGGUUACCAUCGCUCCCCUUCGCCCCACUACUACCGCCGGUCCCCAUCCCCUUACUACAGGCGUACCCCUUCACCGCACUACUACCGCCGAUCACCGUCCCCCUACUACCGCCACCACCACCACAGCAGCAGGAGACACCACUAUUACCCCCGGGAGCCAAGGGAGCGCUCUUUCUCACCAAGUCGCUACUAAGAGCAACCAAUGGUUUCUGCCACGGCCACGUUGUGGUCAGGCCUGAGCAAGCUUGAUCCGUCUUGUGCUUUUGUAACUCAACCGUUUCAGUCAUUUUCAUUAUUUUAAUUAAUUGUUAACUUGGUCCAUUGAAUUUUCCUCUGAAUAUUAAGUUUUCAUCUCAGAUUACAAACUCAUUUUCAAAGUAUGUCAUUUGACAUUCAUUAUUUUUUCAUUCAAAAUGUUUUAUUUUUAAUUUGUAGGUGUAUUUAAUUUAAAGUAUCGUUACAAAUGUUCUAAUACAAUUUUAAAUUUUCAUAGAGUGAUUCUUUAGCUGAUGCUUGUUGUGUGAGUAUAAUUAAACCAAAAUUAUAAGCACAACUUUCUUCAAUGGGAUAAUUCUAACAUUUUUCUAUAUUUUAUUUCAAAUUCAGAUUGGGAGGACUUGAUGUGACCUCAAGUCAUGAAAGAAGAAGAAAAAAGUAAGAAGAAUUUUUGAAUUGAAGAAGGAUUGAAGAUCAAUCAAGAAAAGUAUUUUUGGGAAGAUGAAGACAAGAAGAAUUUCACAGUUUUCUGAGAAGAGAAGAAGUUUUUUGAUGGAGAAAUGAAAAAGAAGUUCCCCAGCAUAAGAAGUGCUCUGGAAGCAAGAUAAUGCGAAAAGAAGAUUUAAAACAUACUUUUUAUUAAAGAGUGCCUGUAAAAAUUGAAAUCUGAAGAGAAGUUUCUCAAGGACUACUGUAUCAAGACAAAUUUUUUUCAAGAUCUUUCAAGAUGAAGUUAUCAAAAGAAGUUGAAGAUUAUCUGGUAAAAGAUGAAGUUGAGAAAUUGAAGAUUACGUGGUACAAGAUGAAGUUAAGAAGUUGAAGAUUAUGUGGUACAAGAUGAAGUUGAGAAGUUUGAAGAUUACGUGGUACAAGAUGAAGUUGAGAAGUUUGAAGAUUAACUGGUACAAGAUGAAGUUAAGAAGUUGAAGAUUACGAGGUACAAGAGGAAGUUAUCAAAAGAAGUUGAAGAUUAUCUGGUACAAGAUGAAGUUAUCAAAAGAAGUUGAAGAUUAUCUGGUACAAGAUGAAGUUAUCAAAAGAAGUUGAAGAUUAUCUGGUACAAGAUGAAGUUAUCAAAAGAAGUUGAAGAUUAUCUGGUACAAGAUGAAGUUAUCUAAAGAAGUUGAAGAUUAUCUGGUACAAGAUGAGGUUAUCAAAAGAAGUAGAAGAUUAUCUGGUACAAGAUGAAGUUAUCAAAAGAAGUUGAAGAUUAUCUGGUACAAGAUGAAGUUAUCUAAAGAAGUUGAAGAUUAUCUGGUACAAGAUGAGGUUAUCAAAAGAAGUAGAAGAUUAUCUGGUACAAGAUGAAGUUAUCAAAAGAAGUUGAAGAUUAUCUGGUACAAGAUGAAGUUAUCUAAAGAAGUUGAAGAUUAUCUGGUACAAGAUGAGGUUAUCAACAAAAGUUGAAGAUUAUUAGGAAAAAGAUGAAGUGAGGCAUAAAACUGAAAAGUAGUUGAAGAUUAUCUGGAACAGGGUGAAUUGCUCAACAGUAGUUGAAGAUUAUCUGGUACAAGAUGAAGUUAUCUAAAGAAGUUGAAGAUUAUCUGAUACAAGAGGAAGUUAUCAAAAGAAGUUGAAGAUUAUCUGGCUCAUUAUGAAGUUGAAGAUGAAGUUAGAUGAAGUUACCAACAGAAGUUGAAGAUUACCAGUACAUCAUGAGGUUAAAGAUGAAUUAUCAAAAGAAGUAGGAGAUUACCUGGUACAAGAUGAAGUUAUCAAAAGAAGUUGAAGAUAACCUGGUACACGAUGAAGUUCUCGAAAGAAGUUGAAGAAAACCUGGUACAAGGUGGAAGUGUAUACAGAAGUUUCUCUGAUAUGAUAAUACUUGCUAGUUGCUAGAUGAAGUUAAAAAUGGAAAGGCAAGAAGAUAACAGAAGAUUACGUAGAAGCACAAGAGGUUUCAGCACAAGAUAUUACCAGGUGAAAGUUAGGAAAUACAAGAGGAAAGUUUUCGCACCCUCGUGUAUAUUGUAUUCAAGAAGGACAACAAGUCUUUAACUGGAAGGUUACACAAUGAAAUACGGUAAGCUGGAAAUAUUUUUUUCACGAGAAUCACAAGAACAGUCAUAUCUGUGUUUGGUAGGUACGUGUCCUUAUUUUGUCAUCUGAAGUGAAGAUGGGAGUAUAGGUUCAAUUUAUUUCUUUGAAGAGAAUGAAUAAAAGAAAGAUAUUCAGGGGAAUAUUUUGAUGUCAUUUUGGUGAACUUUCGCUGCACUGAGAAUUCAUAAUGCUAAAGCUUUGCUUGUAAAUACUGCAAUUAUUGUAUAGAUGACAAUAACCAAAAAUAAGGUGCUUGCGACAUUUACAAAUGGCUCUUUUCUUGUCACUAAUUGUAUAACGCAUUCUUUGCCAAAGAUUCUUUGGUUUUUAUUCAGCAAAAGUUUUUUUUUACAUCUGUGAUGUAUCUGUUUCUUUGUUUCCAAUAUUUAAUAUCCUGUUACUCUUCACAUUUUAUUUUUAAAUUGCUUUAGGGUAAAGCCAAGUGAAUUUUUUAUUUUGUAAAGGAAAUGUUCUAAUUAAGUUUAAGCUUACGUCUGCUAAGGGGUGAUCCUGUACAAUGUGUCUCAUAUGAUAUAUAUCGUUUACCCAUUAAUUUUAUCCAAAAAUGAAAGUUUCUUGACAUUACCAUUGACUCAUGAUACUUUCCUGUAUCAAAACCAUUAGUUGGUCGUCAUAUCCAGAGUUUUCUUUUUCUUCCCUUUUUGAUGAAAUAAAUUGGUAAAAGAUGUACUGUCUUGAGGGGCACAUUGCACAGAAUGGCGCCAGAUGUUAUUUUAAUUGUUGACAAGUCAUUUGAACACUAGCUGAGCCCCAUUGGAACUUAUGUGGUAAGUAUACAUAUCUUGUAAAGAAAAAAAGCAUGAAAAUACAAUGUUCCAGUGAUUUAGAUCUGUUUUUCGGCGACAAAAUAUUUUCACCCAGCAGAAUAAGCAAUGACAAAAAGUGAGUAAAAUAUUUUGAUAUUAAUUUGUUGACAAUUACAUCUUUUUCAAUGGAUUUCUAUCCAAUUCCAAAACAAAUUUAGUUAACAGAUUUUAAAAGAAAAAAAUUCAUCCAUAGGAAGAAAUAAUAAUUUAUUUAUUUUUUGUUGAAACAAUGUAUUUGUCUGUUCACUGCAUGAUAAGCGGAAUUAUUACGUAAUGCAACUACAUUCACUUUGAACCAGAAUUGUAAAGUACAGUGGAACCUUCUUAUAAAGGAAUUUGUCUUAACUCAUACCUGUAGCAUCAAAGUAAUUUUGCCAACCCCAAUCCUUUGUAUUUUUUAUAACAAUGUAAUUUUCUAUGACAAGGUUUCGCUGUAGUACAGUGGAAUCUCGUUAUAACAAAGUAAUUGGUACCAUGGAAAUUACCUUGUUAUAUCAGGGUUUUAAAAAAUAUAUAUAUAAGGAGUUUGGACCAGCAAAAUUACCUUGUUAUAACAGAUACCUAGUUAUAUUGGAUCUCUUUAUAAUAAGGUUCCACUGUGCACAUACCUUGAAUGUAUUUUACCAUGAAACAAACUUCAAAAUGAAUGGCUGCGGACGAUCAGGAUAACAUUCUUUCAACACCUUGUCUUUGGAGUGAGAGGAAAUACCUGUCAACAUCGUUGGAUGACCACAGAACUUGCAGAAGCCAUCACACUAUGGAGCAGCAUGCCAACAAGAAGAUGGAAUACUUAGGCUCAACUUGGAAGACUUUAUUAUUUUAAGAUGUAGGAAUAUCAGUCAAUGGGAGGAGGUGUUUUAAUAA